AUGGAAGGUAUAGUGACAGAAUGUCCUUAUGUGGUUGGCAAUGAGAUAGCCCUCCACAUUGACAGGCAGCAGGUUAAAGCUACAAUAGCGCAUAUCUUUGAACCGUUCACAUUUUCAUGUGCGAUGGUCGUUCUGUUGGACCGCCCCUCCCAGUCUCUACAGUUGAACGGCCAUAUGGUUUUAAAGCUCUAUGACCGUCGGUUUGCAACAGGAUUCAGAGAGGAUCAGAAAAGCAACCCCUGGACUCCGGAUAUUGAACAACAGUACCAGCAAUUCGUCCUGAAUGGCGAUGCAUCUAAUUUUGUCGCCCGGCUCGACAACGAUGAUGGGUUCGAUGAGACAUACCUCUAUACAAGGACGCGGGAUUUUUAUGAGACAGAAAUUGAAGUAUACGUUACUUUGAAAGAUAUCCAAGGUGAACACGUCCCUAAACUGUUCACAUGCGUUACGUUGCAUGGGUCAUCGGCGCUGCACGAUGCGUCAGUCAGCAAGUAUACUGACAUCCCUGGGAUUCUUUUGGAAUAUAUUGAUGGAUUUCCCUUGACUGAUCAGUCACUAUGCGAACAAGCUAUCAACAUCAUCCACCAGGUUGGUGAUCGAGGUAUUCUUAAUGAGGGUGUCAAAACAAGGAGCUUUGUCAUUCAAAAAAGUCCAGAGAGAAGGUUCAAGAUGUUUAUGCUUGAUUUUGCACUAUGCAAGUUCCGCAGGGACUAUGAAAGUGAGAAAGAGUGGUGGGAAUGGAAAGCGAUACAAGACGAAGAGGGAGCAGUGGGAUAUAUAAUGCGGAACAGAUUACAAGGAGGUUUUGUCUACCAUCGAUCUGCCUUGUAUACAAAGCUGGAUGACGACUACAAGUCGGAGAAUUGA